GAAUUAUUGUGGUGAAGAAGAAGAGGCAAAGCAAUGGGGGAGGAAGCAAAGAUCUUUACUCUUUCAGAAGUUUCAGAGCACAACCAUGCUCAUGACUGUUGGAUCGUCAUCAAUGGAAAGGUGUACAAUGUAACCAAGUUCCUUGAAGACCAUCCAGGUGGUGAUGAAGUUCUCUUGUCUUCAACAGGCAAGGACGCAACGGAUGAUUUUGAGGACGUGGGGCAUAGCGAGAGCGCAAGAGAGAUGAUGGAACACUACUACGUUGGAAAGAUUGAUCCCACAACAAUCCCAAAGAAAACCAAGUACACACCUCCUAAACAGCCUCACUACAACCAAGACAAGACCUCCGAGUUCAUAAUCAAGAUCCUCCAGUUCCUUGUACCCCUUGCCAUUCUCGGUUUGGCAGUUGGGAUUCGGAUCUACACCAAGUCAGGAUAGUCUUCUUUUUAUCUGACCAUUACUUCCAUAUAAUAUAGAGAUGUAAGUCUUUUGAGAAGACAAAUCUCUAAGUCUCUCCCUUUGUUCCUGUCUCUGUGUUCCCAUCUUUUGUUGUGUGAACGUGUUUUGGAUAUUUGUUGUGAUGAAAGUUGCAUUUAAACUGCAUUCUUGCAGAAAUGCUACUGAUAUUGAUCUAAUAUUAUUCAUAUUGUUAAGAAUUUUGAAGAUUAUAACACUUUCUUAGCUCGCAGUGUCAAAAGAUGAAUCUAUAGAGGAGAAAC